AUGGACGCGGCGGAGCAGAUCGCCGUGAUGUGGCGGCAGGUGCGUGGCCCGGUGAUCGUGCCGCUGCUGCGCGCGGCCGUGGCGGUCUGCCUCGCCAUGUGCGUGAUCCUGUUCGUGGAGAAGGUGUACAUGGCCGUGGUCAUCACGGCGGUGCGGCUGCUCGGCCGCCGCCCCGAGCGGCAGUGGCGGUGGGAGCCCAUGCGCGAGGACGACGACCCCGAGCUCGGCACCGCCGCCUACCCCAUGGUGCUCGUCCAGAUCCCCAUGUACAACGAGCGCGAGGUGUACCAGCUGUCGAUCGGGGCGGCGUGCGGGCUGUCCUGGCCGUCGGACCGGAUCAUCAUCCAGGUGCUCGACGACUCCACGGACCCCGUUAUCAAGGAGAUGGUGCAGAUAGAGUGCCAGCGGUGGGCGAGGAAGGGCGUGAACAUCAAGUACGAGAUCCGGGACAACCGUCGGGGGUACAAGGCCGGCGCGCUCAAGGAGGGCAUGAAGCACAGCUAUGUCCGCGACUGCGACUUUGUGGCUAUCUUCGACGCCGACUUCCAGCCGGAGCCCAGCUUCCUGUGCCGCGCCAUGCCCUUCUUCAUCCACAACCCCGAGAUCGGCCUCGUCCAAGGCCGAUGGAGAUUCGUGAAUGCAGAUGAAUGUUUGAUGACACGGAUGCAGGAGAUGUCCUUGGACUACCACUUUAAAGUGGAGCAAGAAGUUGGAUCCUCCGCUUAUGCCUUCUUUGGCUUCAACGGAACUGCUGGUGUGUGGCGCAUAUCAGCUCUGAAUGAGGCAGGAGGCUGGAAGGACCGAACCACGGUUGAAGACAUGGAUCUGGCAGUCAGAGCAAGCCUCAAAGGAUGGAAGUUUGUGUACCUUGGUGAUCUCAUGGUAAAAAGUGAGCUCCCAAGUACGUUCAAAGCAUUUCGGUACCAGCAACAUAGAUGGUCGUGUGGGCCGGCAAAUCUGUUCAGGAAAAUGUUCAUGGAGAUUGUCAGAAAUAAGAGAGUGACGCUUCGGAAGAGAAUCUAUGUCAUCUACAACUUCUUUUUCGUGCGCAAGAUCAUCGGCCACAUUUUGACCUCUGUGUUUUACUGCUUUGUUAUCCCAGCCACAGUCUUUGUUCCUGAGAUUGAGAUACCAAUGUGGGGUUACGUCUACAUUCCAACCAUUAUCACCCUUCUCAAUGCUGUUGGGACUCCAAGGUCUGUUCACUUGGUUAUCUUUUGGGUCCUGUUUGAGAAUGUCAUGUCAAUUCAUAGAACAAAGGCGACCUUCAUUGGUCUACUGGAGGCAGGUAGGGUGAACGAGUGGGUGGUGACAGAGAAGCUUGGUGAUAUUAUGAAGAUGAAACUACAAAGCAAAGCUUCCAGGAAGCUACGGACGAAGAUAAGAGAGAUACGAGAAAGGUUGCAUCUUUUGGAGCUUGGUGUUGCAGCCUAUAUCUUCUCUUGUGGAUGCUACGAUAUGUUGUUUGGGAAAGGAUAUUACUAUAUAUUUCUUUUCAUGCAAUCCACCGCUUUCUUCGUCGUCGGCAUGGGAUAUGUCGGGACACUCGUCCCGCACUGA